AACAGUUGGUUACAUUCAAAGCAUAUGAAACAACUCUGUAUACAUCGUUUUCUGACAUGUUUCGACGCAUGGAGCUAUGUGAUGCUGUGUUGAUCUGUGAGAAUAGAGAAAUAUUCGUACAUCGAAUUUUACUAUCGGUAUCGAGUCCAGUUUUCAACAGAAUGUUCAAAGGAAACAAGAGAAUACCUUUUGUUCGAAAAGCCCAUCGUUUUAUCAAAGAAGUGCCAUACGUUGAUCUAAUGAAUAUUAUUCAAUUUAUUUAUGAAGGCCGAGUCAUAUUACAUCCAUGCAAAGUGAAUGGUUUUUUAGAUGCCGCAAAGCAUUUCAAGAUUAAAAUCACUGAUGAUAACUUUGAAAUUUAUAAACCACCAGAUCCCGUUCCGCCCGAUUCUGUUAGUGAUUCUGAUCCACAAUCUAAUCCAGAUGCUGAUUCAAAUUCUGAUCUUGGUCAUCUGUCUGAUUCAGACUCUCAGUCUGUUUCCCAUGAUACGAACGAGUUUGAAACUGAUCCAAAUACGACUGAGGUCAAAACAGAAAAUGAAAUCAAAAGUGAAAUGGAAAUUGACAUAGAGACUGGCAUUAUCAAGGAAAAUAAUAUCAAAAUAGAAAGCGAUCUCAAAAUCGUAAACGAUAUUAAUACCGAAAAUGAUGUCAAAACAGACCGAAAUGCCAGAGACCCACUAGAUAAAUUCUGUGCUGAAGACGGGAAAAAUAAACUAACUCGGGGAGUGGUAGAAGUGAGCCGCGACGAAUUUUUUGAACGAAUGUUCAAGGCACGAAAUCUACCGUGGCCAAUGGACGUAAGCGAAUGGACAAUGGAUUGUGGCCAAAUGAUUUCAUUAACACAAUAUUUGCAAUGUAAACCACUAAACCUCUCAGAAUUGGCCGGGAGUCUGAAUUUAAAAAAUAAAAUUAAGGAUGCUUUAGAUACGACAGAGUAGAUUGAGACUGAUUUUUGAACCAUUACAAUGAAACCCAAUCAUUUUUUCAGUAAAUAAAAUAAUUCUACAAUUUUCCAUGGCUUUAAUUUAUGAAUACUUUGUGUUGGGCUAUUGAAUUUAAGCUUCAUUGAAUGAAUUUCAUUGUCAUAGUAACGGAGCACCCACCUACGUGGGAUGCAAGACUUGAAAAGAUUUACGUUGUACUAAGAUACAUUCGAUUUGAUUCGAUUGAUAGGGAUUUAGUUUGAUGGUAACUCAUUUCAACCUAUCAUUUUGACAGAUCCAAGAACAUUCGUGAAUUUCCGAAUAGAUUUAGCGUAUUUGCCGGGCUGGUGCAAACCCACAAGAUAACACUGAAAAGGUGUUUGUUUCUCCAAUUCAUAUGAUUCGGAUUUGAACAAUUCUUUUUCAAUUGAAAUUUGCAAUAAAAACAAUUCAAAGCGAGAAAAAGAAAAUCAAACUCUUUGAAAUUCCCACAAUAAAUGCGACUCGAUUGCGAGCUAACUUCACGCUAAACAAUGAGAUGUCAGUAUCAGUGCUAUCAAGUGAUGUAGUGUGAGUUGUCCCACUUGUUUUGUAAACACGAGUGAUCGAAACCGAAUUUAUUUAUCUUCAUUUUUGGCGAAGUGACGAUGCAAAAAUGGCAAUGGCAACCGUCUCAAAUGAUGCAGAACUGUUGCUCUUCACAAACUACGAGUCAACGUUACACAAAUCGUUUGUAGAUAUGUUUCGAAAGGAAGAACUAACCGAUGCAACAUUGAUCUGUGACAGCAAACGUGUGCGAAUUCAUAAGUUUCUAUUGUCGGCAUCGAGCUCAUUUUUCAACAACGUAUUCAAAAAGCAUGGAGGCGAUUGCAACAUUUCCAUCAAAAAUGUUGCGUAUGAUGAUUUGAUAAAAGUGUUAGAAUACAUUUACAAUGGUGAAGCGGCAUUGCAUCCAACUAAAGUGAAUGCAUUCAUUGAUGCCGCGAACAAAUUUUCAGUCACGAUCAGCGGUGAUAAAAUUCAAAAGGUAUCAGCACAUUUGGGAUCAACACACAAUGAAAUCAAAUUAGAUACUUUGAAAUGGAACGUUCAAUGCGAUAACGCUGUUGCUGCGAUUGAAAGUGAUUGCACUGAUAGAAAUGUCAUAGGACUAGGUAAAGCAGAAACUAUCCAUAUUAAUAUGCAUAAACUCGCAAAUGAACGCGAUCGAGCACAGAAAAAGACGAAUAAAAGCGACAAAUUUGGCAUUGUCGUAGUGAGCCAAAUGGAAUUUCUUGAGCGGAUGUUCAAGCUUCGAAAUUUGCCAUGGCCAAUGGACUGUGAUCAAACUACACAGAAAGUAGCACAACAAUCUAACGUCAAAGCGCGAAGUUCGAAAGAAAUCAGCGAAACAUUCCGUCCUUCACCGGGCCCAUCCACUUCGAAACCCAAAUUAGUCGAUACACCUCAAUUGGCUGUUGAACAUGAUGCUGAAUCCGUUACAGAAAACAAAUCAGUCGAUAGUGAAGUGCGGAAUUCAGUGCACAAAAUAAGAACGCAAAUUAAUACGUUGAAACGGGCAAUUAGGAGAGGUAAUAAAAGAGAUGGAAUCAAACCAGAUGUUAUCGUACAAAAGGAACAAAAACUCAAUAAACUCAAACAGCAAUUCGAAAAUAUGACAGCUACGCAAAGUGAAGAGAGCCCGGAAUCGAAAUCGAAACCAAAAAAUCCCGACUGGAAGAAGACUAGAAAGGAGAAACGGAUGAUGAAAAUAGCACAGGAAAAUGGUGUAAAUAUGGCAACGAAAAGAAUUCGCAGCAGAAAAAGGACAAAUAACACAUCAAAAUCGAAGGAAUGUGCACCGUCAAACUCAAAGAACAACGAAUAGAAAUAAUCAUAUCAAAUAAUAUCUAAAUUGUUCCAAAUCUAUUUUUGUAUGAAAUAAAUCUGAAUUGUAUCAACAAUGA